AAUAUUUUUCUGCUCAGUUUCUCGCAGUUUAAAAUGGCGGCGUUGAGCAGCGCCGAGUCUCCACCGCCCGUCUUCAACGGAGACGCCAUGGACCGUGAUCCAGAGCGGGAGAGGGGACUGGACGAGUUGGGUGCCGGUCUUGACCCAGUAUGUUCCGGCGGGAUCACCGAGAGUCAGCAGGACAUUCCUGAGGAGAUUUGGAACAUCAAGCAGAUGAUUAAACUGACGCAAGAGCACCUGGAGGCACUUUUGGACAAGUUUGGUGGCGAACACAAUCCACCGUCAAUAUAUCUGGAGGCCUAUGAGGAGUACACCAGUAAGCUGGAUGCCCUCCAGCAGCGGGAGCAGCAGCUGCUGGAGGCCAUGGGGAACAGCAGCCAUUUCUCCUGCUCCUCCCCCACCCCAGACCUGCUGGACGUGAACAUGGGGGGGCCACAGGGGGCCCCCCAGGCCCCCUCCACCCUGGCUGUCCUGCAGGCUCCGGUGGACACCUCCCGCGCCAACCCCAAAUCCCCCCAGAAGCCCAUCGUGCGAGUCUUCCUGCCCAACAAGCAGAGGACAGUGGUCCCGGCUCGCUGUGGGAUGACCGUGCGCGACUCUCUGAAGAAGGCCCUGAUGAUGAGGGGGCUCAUCCCGGAGUGCUGUGCCGUCUACCGAAUACAGGACGGGGAGAAGAAGCCGAUUGGCUGGGACACGGAUAUCUCUUGGCUGACGGGGGAGGAGCUUCACGUCGAGGUUUUGGAAAAUGUGCCGCUGACAACACAUAAUUUUGUGCGGAAGACGUUCUUCACCUUGGCCUUCUGCGACUUCUGCCGCAAGCUGCUGUUCCAGGGCUUCCGCUGCCAGACGUGCGGCUACAAGUUCCACCAGCGCUGCAGCACCGAGGUCCCGCUCAUGUGCGUCAACUACGACCAGCUGGACCUGCUGCUGGUGUCCAAGUUUUUCGAGCACCACCCCAUCAGCCCGGAGGAGACGUCGUCGGAGGGCACCACCCCCGUGUCGGAGGCCUGCCCGUCCCUGCCGCCGUCGGACUCCCCCGGGUCUAUGUGCCAUCCCUCCUCCUCCCCCUCCAAAUCCAUCCCCAUCCCGCAGGGCUUCCGGCCGGGGGACGAGGACCACCGCAACCAGUUCGGCCAGCGGGACCGCUCGUCCUCCGCCCCCAACGUGCACAUCAACACCAUCGAGCCCGUCAACAUCGACGACUUGCUUGGAGGCCCGUGUCUGCAGAGGUCAGAAGGAGCCCCCCCGACCCAACCAGCUCGCUGUUUGAGGAAGCCCCGAACGCGGACCACGAGUCCCCUCCUAUACUCCUACCCCAAUGACAUUGUGUUUGAUUUUGAGCCUGGUCCUGUCUUUCGAGGUUCCACCACGGGGCUCUCGGCCACGCCCCCGGCCUCGCUCCCCGGCUCGCUGAUCAGCGUGAGGGCGCCCCAGAAGUCCCCCAGUCAGCCCCGCGAGCGCAAGUCGUCCUCCUCGUCCGAGGACCGCAAUAAAAUGAAAACGCUGGGCCGCAGAGACUCGAGCGAUGACUGGGAGAUCUCUGAGGGCCAGAUCACCCUGGGCCAGAGGAUAGGCUCCGGCUCCUUUGGAACGGUCUACAAGGGGAAGUGGCACGGGGACGUGGCUGUGAAGAUGCUCAACGUCACAGCACCCACUCCUCAGCAGCUGCAGGCCUUCAAGAACGAAGUGGGAGUGCUCAGGAAGACGCGCCACGUGAACAUCCUGCUCUUCAUGGGCUACACCACCAAGCCGCAGCUGGCCAUCGUCACGCAGUGGUGCGAGGGCUCCAGCCUCUACCACCACCUGCACAUCAUCGAGACCAAGUUCGAGAUGAUCAAGCUGAUCGACAUCGCCCGCCAGACCGCGCAGGGCAUGGACUAUUUGCACGCAAAGUCCAUCAUUCACAGGGAUCUCAAAAGCAACAACAUCUUCCUGCAUGAGGACCUGACGGUGAAGAUCGGGGACUUCGGCCUGGCCACAGUGAAGUCGCGCUGGAGCGGCUCGCACCAGUUCGAGCAGCUGUCCGGCUCCAUUCUCUGGAUGGCUCCGGAGGUGAUCCGGCUGCAGGACAAGAACCCGUACAGCUUCCAGUCCGACGUGUACGCCUUCGGCAUCGUCCUGUACGAGCUGAUGAGCGGGGCGCUGCCCUACUCCAACAUCAACAACCGAGACCAGAUCAUUUUCAUGGUGGGGCGGGGCUACCUGUCGCCGGACCUGAGCAAGGUGCGCAGCAACUGCCCCAAGGCCAUGAAGAGGCUAAUGGCUGACUGCCUGAAGAAGAAGAGGGAGGAGCGGCCUCUCUUCCCCCAGAUCCUGGCCUCUGUGGAGCUGCUGGCUCGCUCCUUACCCAAGAUCCACCGCAGCGCCUCGGAGCCGUCCCUGAACCGGGCGGGGUUCCAGACCGAGGACUUCAGCCUGUACGCCUGCGCCUCCCCCAAAACACCCAUCCAGGCUGGGGGGUACGGGGAGUUCUCGGCAUUUAAGUAGCAAAAACCGAUUGUACCAGUUACCAUCCCUUGUCACUUUUUGAAAAAGAAAAAAAACGUCUUGUGUUCCUACAGUGGGUUCAUCCAUUACAGAAAAAAUGCUUUCCA